AUGUCCUAUGACUGCUAUUCUGGAAAGUUCUCCUCCCGCUCCCUUGGAGGCUACCUGUGCUGCCAAGACUCCUUCUGUGGCUCUUCCUACCCCAGCAACCUGGUCUAUAGCACUGACCGCUGCUCCCCCAGCACCUGCCAGCUGGGCUCUUCUCUCUACAGUGGCUGUCGGGACAACUGCUGUGGGCCCACCAGCUGCCAGACGUCCUGUGUGGUGUCCAGACCCUGCCAGACGUCCUGCUAUAGCCCAAGGACCUCCACGCUCUGCAGUCCCUGCUGGUCAACUUACACAGGGUCUCUGGGCUAUGGGUCCAGCAGCAGCUGCUCCCUGGGCUAUGGAUCCAGGAUCUUUUAUUCCCUGGGCUGUGGUUCCAGUCGCUACAGACCCCUGGGUUAUGGAGUCUGUGGGUUCCCUUCCUUUGGCUAUGGAUCUGGAUUCUGCUACCCAUACUAA